UUAAACGAUUAACUGUGAUUUUGACUGUUUGAAUCAGAAGUGCUCACGAGCCCCGUUCAUUCUUCAACGUUUUUGCGAACGUAACGUGUGAAGUUUUUCAUUCCAUUGUAAGUGAGCUUGUUUCGUGUCCCUUGCGACUUAAAAGAAUGCGUUACUUAGCCGCUUACAUGUUAGCCUCCCUCGGAGGAAACAAAAGUCCAUCUGAGAAAGACAUUGAAAAGAUCUUGUCUAGUGUAGGAAUUGAAGUUGACAAAGAAAGAUCCAAGAAAGUAGUGUCGGAACUGAGUGGUAAAGACAUUAAUGAAAUCAUCGCAGCUGGAAAAUCAAAGCUUGCAUCUAUGCCUGCUGGUGGAGCAGUAGCAGUUUCUUCUGGUGGUGCACCUGCUGCAGCAGCAGGAGGAGGCUCGGCUUCACCUGCAAAGGAAGAUAAGAAAGAAGCCAAGAAAGAAGAAUCGGAUGAAUCAGACGAUGACAUGGGAUUCGGUCUCUUUGAUUAAAGUCUUUUUUACUCUUUA